AUGGAAAAGGUUCCUUAUGGUGUGUUGAUCCAGAAUAUAAACCCAAUCUCAUGCAGGCACUGAAGAAGCAAUCUUUUCCCUCAGCAUCAACAUUUUACACCCCUCCCGCAUCUCCACAAAAUGGCUCUUUAUCACCUCACUAUCUAAGCUCUAUACUCAAGCAGAACCAGGUGCGAACUCUCAAAGAAUCUGAUAUUGAUGCUGCCACUGCAAUGAUGCUUUUAAAUACUUCUAUAGAACAAGGAAUUUUAGAAUGUGAGAAGCCUCUUCCUCUUAAAACAGCAUUGCAAAAAAAGAGGAGUUAUGGCAAUGCUUUCAGUCAUCCUAGUGCUGUACGAUUACAUGAGAGUGAUUCUUUAGCCACCAGCAUUGAUCCAAAAGAAGAUCACAAUUACAGUGCAAGUAGCAUGGCAGCACAGCGCUGCGCAUCCAGGUCGAGCAUGUCUUCCCUGUCUUCUGUGGAUGAGGUGUAUGAGUUUAUCCCAAAGAGCAGCCACGUGGGAAGUGACGGCAGUGAAGGAUUCCAUAGUGAAGAAGAUACAGAUGUGGAUUAUGAAGAUGAUCCUCUUGGAGACAGUGGCUAUGCAUCACAGGCCUGUGCAGAAGUUUUUGAAAAAGGACAGUCAGGCAAAAAGAUGCGAAAACAGUCACGUCAAGAAAUUGAUGAGGAGCUCAAAGAGGCAGCUGGAUCUCUGCUCCACCUUGCUGGAAUUCGCACAUGUCUAGGUUCCCUAAUAAGUACUGCAAAGACACAAAAUCAAAAGCAACGGAAAAAAUAGAAAUACUUAUUAGUGUGAAAUUAUUUUAAAGUGUGGCAAUACUCUUUAACUCAACUCUUGACAAGGGAUAUCAAAGCCAUAAUGGACUUCUUUAGUUUUAGGGUGGGGGAGGGGUGCUAAUUACUUGUUAUUUUGUUUUCAAAACAUUUUUCGGUUUUUAAAUUUCUAUUAAGCAACUGCUCUUAGGAUCAUGCCCAAUCAUAAAUAUAUGAUGUGAAGGCCUAAAAGCAUAAUUUUUGUGAUAAGUGUCUCCAAGAUUUGGAAAUUUUUAUAUAAAAAAAAUCCCCAGCUUCUAUCUUAAACUUGUAGGAAAAAUCUGUUCUUCUAUUGAUAUGUCAAAAUGUAAGAUUUGGCAACUCUAUAACUUUUUAAAAAUUUUCUUUUCCAGUCUGCAAUU